CGAGUGUCCAAGCCUGCCGCGUUGAGUUAAUUUCUUCUCAGUGUAAUUUUUCCACUGCGAACAGUGCCAUUUAAGCAAUUUCCACAGCAGCGAACGCGAGAGCGGGCGGAGUAGAAGAGUAAAAAAAGAGCCACCACAGGAGGGAAAGUUCGAGAGACGGCGAGGAAAAGGGUCGCGCUAAUUCUCUGUUCGAAAUUUGCAGUUGUGUGAAUUUUUCGGGUGUUGCGCAGAACGACACACUUGGAUUUCAGUUGUUUUUUCCGUUUCCCCCCAUUCACACACACAUUGCGUAUUUUUUCCCGUUCUCCCGAACGCGAAAAAGGCGGCCCCCGCGAGUGAGAAAUCGCGCUCCAUCCCAGCAAAUCCAGUGCUCUUGUGUGAUUCACCAGCCAUUUGGGGCGCUCUUCGGCACACGGAACAGACGGAACACGCUACUAAAUCACAAUGAGCUGGCAGGAUUAUGUUGACAACCAGCUUCUGGCUUCCCGGUGCGUUUCCAAAGCGGCCAUUGCUGGUCACGACGGUGGCGUUUGGGCCAAAUCCGACGCAUUUGAGGUGACAAAAGAUGAAAUAUCAAAACUAGUGAAAGGGUUUGAAAGGGAGGAUCUGCUCACAAGCGGCGGUGUCACCUUAGCUGGUCAGCGAUAUAUUUACUUGUCGGGAACCGAUCGAGUCAUACGUGCCAAAUUAGGCAAAGUCGGCGUACAUUGUAUGAAGACGCAGCAAGCGGUGAUAGUUUCAAUCUAUGAGGAUCCUGUUCAACCGCAACAGGCGGCUUCUGUUGUAGAGAAACUUGGUGAUUACUUGAUUACAUGCGGGUACUAAAGAGGUUGAUGUGUGUGUGCUCGAACGAUCAUGUAAUCACAUUUCUCUUCGGCAUUAAUUUGUAUAAGAAUUAAUAAUUAUUAAAGAAGUGGAAAUUAAAAUUAUAUAAAAAUUGAUGAAGAAAAAAGAAUGAUGGAAACAAGAUAAAAACAGCUAUAAAAGGAUAAUGAUAUAAAGAAGAAGAAAAAUAAUGGAAGAGAAGUAAGGAAUAAAUUCAAUACUUUGCGUUUUAGCUGCACUUUUUUUUUUAUUACAAAAUUUAAAAUAGAAUAUUUUGAAUAUGUUCUUUUUGCGAUUAUUCAAGAAGGGUGAAAAAAAAAUCCAGUGGAAAAAUGUAGCGAGAAAUAAAAAGAUCAUUAUGUUAACUAUUUGUCUUACCUUUUCAACAGGAAUUUCUGAAGUCUUUGGCUUUUUUUAGUUCUUCUAACAUGGAAUGGCAUGAAAAAAAAAAUGAUAUUUGAAGAUGCGUUGACAUUUGUAAUUAAACUAAACAAAAAGAAAUUGAGAAAUAGUAAUUUUCUUGCAAUUAAUUAGUUUUACUGAUGAGAACUGGCUUUUAUGCAUUUUGUCUUUUUUUGUUUUACAAUUAUAUAAAAAAAUUGCCUAUGUUUUUUUAACUCUAUUUUUACUCUCUAAAUGGUAAAAUCUUUUGUAUAUUUGAUUUUUCUCGCAAGCACACCUCAAUGUUUUUCUUCUCUUCUUCUCAACAACAGCCCGCGUUCUUUAGCUGUUUCUUUUGUCUCUAUAUUUAAAUGUAGGAAAUAAUAAACAAAAAGUGAAGAAAAAACACUUAUCAUUCUUAUAAAUCAUAUUGCGCAAAGUAAAGAGAAAAACAGUGAGUAAGAAAGUAAUGUCAUAAAAUCACAUCAUUUCAGAGGAAAAAGAAAGAAUAUAAUUAUGUGGAGAAUUUUUUGCGGAAAUAAUUAAAUAAAAAUAUGAGAAAUCAAGUGAAUAUAAUUUUCUCUCAGUUUUCAUCUUAAUCACACGCGCUGCAAAAGCUGCGAUUUGAUGUCUUGAUAUCGAGAAGGAAUUUUCUUGGCGAACAGUAAAUUUUUCUAAGGAUAAAGAGAGAAAGUUCAUUUUUUCUAUUACUCUUAGUAGGUGUAGUAUUUUUAUCAGAUAUUUAAUGAAGGAGGAAAUUGAGAAAAAAGAGGAUGAGAAGUAAUAAAGAAAUGAUGAGAAUUAUUCUGACGAUGAAAAAGAAAUAAUAUUGUAAUUUCUGUGUUGUGACUAAAGGCAAAACAAAAAAAAAGUGGGAUAAAGCUUUUUCUUUUGCGUCUUCGGAAAGAUUUAGAAAGUAAAGUAAGACACACUUUGUAAAAUCUCGUCAAAAUAAUAUUCCUUCAUCUUCCAAAUUCACUGACAUUUUUUUUUUUAAUCUUUUGGUGAGAUUUGAUGUGAAUAUUUGUAGAGAUGAGUAUAAAAAAAAGGUGAAGAAAAGAAGGAUUUGUGAUGAUGAGAAGAGAGUCAUGUUUUUUUUUUUGGUGUAAGAGGAAGAAAAUAGCAAUUUUUAAGCAGUAUUUCAUAAAAAUUUUUCUUCAACACCUUUUCUCCUUUUUAAUUUUUCGACUUAUGCGCAACAAGAAAAUAAGCUGAUAAAAUAUUGCAAGAAUAUGAGUAGAAAAGCCAUUUUUGCUGAUAUUUUUGAAAUAUCCAAUGACUUUGUAAUAGUAAAGCAUAAAAGAAGGAUGAAGAAAAAAAAAACAA